AUGGCGAACACAUUAAGAUUAUAUCUGACUUGCAUAAGGAAUACUCUUGAAGCUGCAAUGUGUCUGCAGAAUUUCCCUUGUCAAGAAGUUGAAAGACAUAACAAGCCUGAAGUUGAACUAAAGACUAGCCCAGAGCUUUUGCUUAAUUCUGUUGUGAUAUGUAGAAAUGAGGCAGAAAAGUGCUUGAUAGAAACAUCAAUAAAUUCCCUACGCAUAAGCCUUAAGGUGAAGCAGACGGAUGAACUUGAAAACAUUUUAACAAAAAAGUUCCUUCGAUUUUUGUCAAUGAGAGCCGAGGCAUUUCAGGUAUUGAGGAGGAAGCCUGUGCAGGGAUAUGAUAUCAGUUUUCUCAUAACUAAUUAUCACUGCGAGGAGAUGCAGAAACACAAGCUCAUAGAUUUUAUUGUUCAGUUCAUGGAGGACAUUGAUAAAGAGAUAAGUGAACUGAAAUUGUCUGUGAACACAAGAGGGAGGCUUGUUGCCACAGAGUUUCUCAAGCAAUUCAUCUGA